CCGGGCACCGUCCCACCGCUCGGGCUGGGUUCGCUGCGCUAGCUCCAGGCCCUGCCGCGGCACCCUAGCGAGCCACUGCGGGGCAGGUGGCGGGAGGGCGGGCGUGCGCGCGGAAGCGGACGCGGAACAGACUCGGGUGUGUAGAGGCACCGCUCUAGCUCGCGCCACUGCCACCGUGGUUGAGGACCCACGAGGCCACUGCGUCCUGCCUUGAGAACAAUGGGACUCGGCACGCGAGGUAGCUGGGCCCUGUUGUUCGUGGGGGCGCUGCUGGUGCUGGCGCUGCUGAAGGUCGCCGUAGAAGGCGGAGAUUCGGCGGGGACUGUCCCACCUGUGCCUCCUGACGAUAGGAAUGGAUCUUCCAGCACGACCGUGAAACCAUCUACAACCUCAGUUUUCGGAGCCAUAGUCAACACCUUGAAAUCCACAGUAAAACCAACUUCAGUUACUGUAGUCACAAAAAAUGUGACUGCAGGCACCACCUCGAAAACCUCAACAACUUCCCAAGUGACAACAACACCAGGGAUCUCAGCAAAUACACCAUCUACCACCUUAAAGUCUACACCCAGAAUAACAAGUGUUUCACAAAACACAUCACAGGUGUCAACAUCCACGAUGGCCGCAAGCCACAACAGCUCGGUGACGUCUGUUCCUUCAUCAGUAACAAUCACAGCAACUAUAAAUUCUAAAGAAAACAAAGGCUCAAAAUUUGAUAUUGGCAGCUUUGUUGGUGGUAUUGCAUUAACACUGGGAAUUUUAUCUAUUCUUUACAUUGGAUGCAAAGUAUAUUAUUCAAGAAGAGGCAUUCAGUAUAGAACCAUUGAUGAACAUGAUGCCAUCAUUUAAGGAAAUAUGAGGACCACUGGAAAGAAGAUCGGUGCAUCCCUAUCGAUUAGUUUAAGACCAUAUUCUCUUUUUGAAAACAGUAUAAACAGGCCAUGCAUAUAAUGUAUAAUACAGCAUAUAAAUAUGUAAAGACUUCUCAUGAUUACUAAAGGUAAAAAGGGUUUUGGGGUUUCAUUUGGAACGUACAGGUAAUGCAGUAGUUAUAUUCGCUUUUAGGAAAUAGAUGGUAAGACAAGUCCUGUCCCAUUUUCUCAUGGCAUUGGUCACAUGGGGCCAGUGAUUGGAAGACAUCGUCUCAGAAGGGCACAGUGCCAUCCGGACAAACAAAUAAGGAGCUCGUCACAGCACUCAGGAUGUGGGUUGUCUUUCCUGCUCACACAGAGAACUUAGUGCUGCACAGAGCUGGGUAUAUGCUGGUUUACUGAUGUCAGGCAUUUUAUGAUUAAGCCAGAUCUUAAGCAUAAUUUUAGUUUAAGUGUCAAAAAGCAUGAAUAUUUUAUGUUUUAGUCCUAGGUUUAGAAACAAAGUGCAUCCCCUCCUCCCAAAACAAAACAAACAAAAAAAUCAAAUAAAAGCAGAAACAAUACUGGAGUUUAGCCCUGUGAGAGCCUGUAUUUUUAUUAAUGACUUCUUUUGAGCUUUAAUGGCAGUUGAUACAAUAUCUUUUCUUCCCUCUGUAAUUUCAGUAAAUUGCAAUGUUUAACAGUAUAGUGUUUUAAAGACUUAGUUUCUAGUAUUAAAUAAGAAGUUAGAUUAUAUGCUACUGUGAGAAUAUCGUCACCACUGGAAAUUGCUUUAUUUCAUAUUCAGCUAUUAUAUUAUUUAGUGAAUAUUUUUAAGAGAUGUAGAGCUGCUUUCAAUAUAUAGAAAUGUUUAAUGCAGCGUAAACCCAACUAACUUUUUUAAAAGCCCCUUAUUUGACUUCCAGUACAACAUUCAGCACUCUGUACAGUCGAAACUGUAGAGUAACGCUCUGCUCCUCAGGCCAAGGAUUGUAGCGCUCCCCUCAUGCUGCUAAACCUGCAAGGUGGACAUACUGCAUUUUUCUGCACUGUUGAUUUUACUUAAAAGCUGGGGAAGCAGCAUUUGUAUACUAAAAUACCAAUUCUUACGACGAUUUAAGACAAGAGUUUCUUAUUUGGGUAUUCUUCCCACCACUCCUCUCUUGCUGAAGAGGAGGUACUUUCACAUGUAUUGUUAGCAGAGAGAAAAAGCAUAGUACUUACAGGGACAGUGAUAUUAGCCAACACAUUUUGGAGUGUUUUCAGUUUUACAGUUUAUAUCCCAGCACUCAAACUCAGGGUCAAGUUUUGACAAAAGAGGUAUUGUGUCAUACUGAGAUGGUAUUUCUAUCUUAGAUUAGUCAGAAUAAAUCACACCAGUUUCUAAUAGUCUAAAAAUGAGCUAAGACAUCCUAGUAAACACGCAGCUACAUUAAUAGGACUUAAAUGUAAUUUUUGUGAUCAGCUUUUGGUUUAUGGAGACUAUAUUAAGCGAUUUGAUUUAAAAGAAUCAUUUCUACUCACUGUGCAUUAUGGCCUGUUGAUAGAAUGCACAUGGAUGAUAGAAGUUACCCCAGAUACGGACGUGACAGGAUGGAUGCGGCACAUGCUGUGUGGAGAAAACAUUACGAAACCAGUCUCUUAGAGCAGUGGGGCCUUUUACACUUAAGUAGUUUUGUACCUUACAUUCUUGCUGUUUCAGUACCUCAAAUAAGUCAGGACUUUGUAGACAGGCCUGAAAUUUUCUUGCGUACUUCUUUCUUUAGCACUUUGAAGGUAAAAAACCACUUUUUAAAUACUAAAUGUCAUCAUAAUGCCUUUAAAGUUUUCUGUUUUGGGUUUGAAAUAAUUUAGUUAUGUCUUUUCUCUGUAUAUAAGUUGUAUAAUUUGCUACUUUUAAAUACCAGUAUUUCAAUACAAGUCAGGUAUUUUUGGUUUUGUGCAAAAUUUGAGGGAAACAGGGAGGCAAACCAAUAUUUUGCUUUGGAGCAUAUUUUCUAAUUUUUUCCUAAUUAUAUUGACUUAAAGCAAACAUUCCAUUUUGUUUGCAUUCCUUGAGAAUGUAUUUACUUGAAGAUAAAAGCAAUUCAGAUGUAUAUUGUCAGGUACAAUCCAAUCGGUGAUUUUAAAAUUUCCUUGGAUAAUUCAUAAAAUAAAUAAUUCAAAUACAGAUACAUGAGAGUUGGCAGUAUAUUACAGUGAUAAUUUUGUAUUUUUCAGAAAAAAUUUUAAAGUGAAUCCUGUUUUUUCUUUUUAUUAUAAUGACCAGCUUUGGAUAUUUCAUUGUUAACUAAAAUCUAAGAUCUAUUUUUAGAAUAAAAUUUUGUUCACCAAGA